GUACCUCCACGCAGAAUUAGCCAAUCAGCAUCACAUCCGUCGAUCGGAUUAAAUGAAGCUCAACUUUUUUUCCCCCCCCUCAACACUUAUUAAGUUCUGUUUACUUUGUGUGUCCGCUCCCAGUCCAGCCAGCAGAAGCAAACCAACCGCAGGCGGCCGAGAGGAGUUCGGUCUGCUCUCAAGGAGCCACCAUGAGGCUGCUGGACCAGCGGAUCUGGUUGCUAUUCAGGCGUCACUUGCUGCAAACUCUCACCUACUGGAGCGUGUUCUUCAGCUUCGGCCUGUGCAUCGCUUUCCUGGGGCCCACCAUCCUGGACCUGCGGUGCCAGACCCAGUCCACCUUGCAGCAGAUCACCUGGGUCUUCUUCUCGCAGCAGUUCUUUCUGCUCGUGGGUAGCAGUGUGGGCGGACUGUUCAAGAAAACCCUGCUGUCCUCCCUGUCGGCCCUCUUCGCCUCGACGCUCAUCAUCUCCCUCGUUUUUGCCAUCAUACCGCUGUGUCACCGUGUGAUCCUGCUGUCCGUCGCCAUGGGAGUGGCGGGAGCCGCCAUGGGUGUCAUAGACACCAUCGGGAACCUGCAGCUGGUGAGGCUCUACCAGAAGGACUCUGCCGUCUUCCUGCAGGCUUUGCAUUUCUUCAUUGGCCUCGGAGCGUUGGUCAGCCCUCUGGUGGUUGACCCGUUCCUGGCAGAGGACAGCUGCGUCCUCUCAUCCAACUGGACUGCCAACUCGUCCGGCUCGGACCUGGAACACCUACGGAACACCCUGGCCGGACACGGCGCCCCGCUGCACAAUACCUCCCAGUACCCUCUGUACACGAAGGGCGUGGUCGUCACCAGGGUGUCGUACGCUUUCUGGAUCAUGGCUGUUAUCAAUCUCCCUGUCCCAGCAGCAGUCCUCGCAUUGAUGUUCCAGGAGAGACUGGUGCGGUGCUGCCGGAGCAGCCCCCCUCUGCUCAGCCAGAAGCCUGACAUUAGUUCCCAUCCCACCAAGGAGCAACAGCAAGGACACGGGGGGCUACUGGACUGCUGCAGGCCCAGCAACCUGCAGGGCCACCCCGCUACCUUCUUCAUCAUUCACGCCCUGGGCGGAGCCAUCGUCUUCAUCACCGAUGGAAUUAUAGGCUGCUACGCCGGCUUCGUCUACACCUACGCCGUCUCCCCCCCUCUGCUCAUGGGCUACAAGGCAGCCGGCUGUCUGGACAGCGUAUUCUGGGCCUCCAUCACGGCAGGAAGGCUGUGCUUCAUCUUCUUCUCCUACCGAUACGCAGCACCGGCUCUGCUCUCCGUUAGUCUGGUGGGCGUCAUCCUGGUCCAGCUCCUGCUCCUGAUCUUCUACUCCAGCCAUGUGUUUCUGUUCAUAGCCAGCUGUGUGCUGGGCCUGUGCAUCAGCAGCGUGUUCCCCUCCAUGCUGGCCUUCACUGAGGACGUCCUGGACUACAAAGGCUCCGCCACAAUCGUCCUGGUGACGAGCGCCAGCACAGGAGAGAUGCUGCUGCAGCUGCUUGUGGGAUCGGUGAUCCACAGUACAGGCAGCUAUUCCUUCCUGUUGUGUACGACCAUAACGUCCUUCAUUGGCUUCUGUCUGUUCCUGCUGCUCCUCUACACCCACCGUGUUCACAGAAACCAUCAGACAGAUUCGUCUCCAUGUCUGGACAUGAAGGAUGAGCCGAAGAGCGGCGGCUCCUGAUGUCCAGACGUCAUGACAGCUGGACUGACUGCUUUAGUCUGAGGACGGUUCCUAAGCUCAGGGUUUCUGGGCUUGAGCCAGAAUCAGAACCGCCAUUCCACUGUAACAUGGUACAACAAACACUUUCAACAGACACGUCAAACUUGAUCAAACUGCUUUAUUUAAAACCAAGGGAAACAAAUUUUCCUCUUGCUGCUAAUAUGAUAUUGUUCUGUUUUCUAUUGUUUUAUUUUUUGCCAUUUAGCCUUGAGGAAAAAGUAACAAUUAAAACAGGAGUUGGUUUCAUUUUUCAAGUGUUUAUUUAGCAGAAAUGUUUCUUUUCUUCUGCGGUAUAAAAAGAAAUAUAUCAGGUUGAUGAAGACCUGCUGUCUUUCAUGAGAGCAACAGAAAAGUGUAACAGCUUUAUUUCAGCCAGCUGACUGGCAGGGCACAGCAACAGGCAGUGCUGGUUUCUUCUCACAGCGGUGUCCAAACCUUUUGUCACAUUUCCCAAGAUAUAAUAAUAAAAAGAAUCCUAAAAUCA